ACUUCAGUAUAGAUCUCGUCAUGAACAUAACUAAUGUACGUAAGGGGAAUAUGUCUAACUUAUUAUUUCUCGGAAUUUUGAUACUGUCGUCCUGCGUCAAUGCGGGUGGAACGCCAGACUAUGGUAAAGCUAUGGAGAUGUUGAGAAAUAUGGCAAACAGCGAUCACGCCAGAAUGACAAGAACUACGUUAAUCACUGAGCUGUUUGAGGGUCUUCUUGGAUCGUCACAAACGUACAUCAAUAGACUCAAGGAUGCUUUGUCAGUGGAUAUGACUGAAGUGUCGGGAGAAAACUUUAAUAUUUCCGAAGAUUGUUUGAAUGAUGCAAAGCAAGUUAUUAUUGGUUUAGAAAGGAAGGAGCAAUGGGCCAUACAAAUGCUCGACGCCAUGGCCAAGCCUCCCAGUGACAUUCUGAGCGGUAACCUGUAUUGGACAGGAGGUUAUGAGGAGUGUCUGGCCGUGGAAGGUACGGCGUUUGUUAAUAUGACCAGUAAUAAUGGGCCGCGGUACCAGAUAAACGCCAGACAGUGUCUCGGGGUCCUACAACUGGUAAGUCGAACACAUCUACAGGAUACAACCAUUCUUAUGCUUUACGUAUUAAUGGGAAACUCGGGGCGGUACAUUGGAUUUUGUGUGCCAAAAAGAUGUAGUGUGGAGGACGCUAACAGGCUUGUUAACACAGCGUUUUCCGUGUUCUCCGACACCUAUCGGAUCACUGGUAUGGUCUGUCCCGAGGUGGAAACUGAGUAUGACACAAAAGCCAUCAUCAGCUUAUUGAUUUGCAGUAUCAUCGGUCUUAUGAUGGUAAUUGGAACCGGAUAUGACGUAAUAAUCGUAAGACGUACGCAAAAAGAAGGGAAUAAUAAUAUCAGCCCUAACUCUCAUACGACAGUUGAUAACACAGGGGCUUCUCUAAACGAGAGUACCAGUCUUCUGAUUAAAUCAAAGUCUGAUAAGGCGAAGGAGAGAGAUCAAGGCAUUCUUGUUAAAAUCAUAAUGGCGUUCUCGGUGAUGUCUAACGGAGAGAAGAUUCUAAGUACCGCUCAGGGCGAGGGCAGUCUGACCGCUCUAAACGGCAUGAGGUUCCUCAGUAUAUCCUGGGUUAUACUCGGCCAUUGUUUUAUGUUUGCGCUGACCUCGCCUACAAGUAAGGAUGACUUAUUUCAUAGGAUAUUCGGGGCGACGCGAAUUUCUAAAACCGGAUACAGGACAGUUCCUUUGUAUUCUGAUUAUUUGUAUUUCUAG